AUGGCAUCUGUCAAUAGCGAUGUUGUUUGCAAAGAUGACUGGGAUAAUGCUCAUCAUUCAAAUAAAUUGGAUUUCUUACCACACAAGUUACAAAAUUUGCGCGAAAAUUUGGAUAUGAAAAUCGGCAUAUUGGAAAUUGAGAGAGUAAUAGGAAUAACUGAAUCACAAAAUAAGCUUGAUAAAUAUAAAGAAACGUUGAAGCAUUUCUCAAUUGACGUAAAAAAUAGAAGAUAUAACUGUUAUAAUAAUCGAAACAACGCCCAUCAUUCAAUUGUAGAUUGGUUAAGUGAUAAAAGCCAUAUAAACUGGAUCGCUUAUCACGAACUAAAUAAUUUGUUUGACUUUAUUCACAUAGAAAUGUGCAUUUUGGAAAUUGAUCAAGUAAUAACAAGUGCAGAUUCACAAGAUAAAUUUAAUAAAUAUAAAUCAAUAUUUGUAAAAACAAAAAAGAAGUUGGAAUCUUUGAUUGCUGAAAAUAAUAACUUGUGCCAACAAUGUUCAAAAAAAACAGUUUAG